CGUUUGCGCGUUCAAGUUAUACCGACUAGGUACAAACUGCAAACAUUGAGAUUUGAGAUGCCCAUACGCGCAUAACCGUCGCACGUUGGCGCCCAAAUCGUUCUGUUUCCCAUUGUUGUACUCGAUGCGCGUGCGUUUUCGUCGUGAGUUCCUCGUCUUAGAAGUUUUCGAGAACUUGUAAGUGUCUCGCCCAUUCGCGUCGCGUGACCAUUAGCCAUGUCGUUCUCAAGCUUUUGAAUCUUGUGUAGCGGAUAAUUUAUUCGUUAUUUUGUACGGUCGGUAGUUUUUGUCGUUAGUGAGACUUAGGCUUCAGCGAAGUCCAAUCAUUUCUCGUAAAAGUCGCGUAUAAUAACACCAUGGAGAGCCGAAAAUCAAUAAAAACCUACUAUGGUUUUUUAUUGGUCAAAAAAGUUAGUGGUACAGUUUGUGGACGUUUCCCAGUAACAAAGAAAGAAUGCAUUUUAGGCCGUGAUAAUAAUUGUGAUAUAAGGAUUCUUUUAGAAAAAGUUUCAGCUCAACAAUGUAGUAUAAUAUGUAUUGAUAAUAAAGCAUAUGUUCGUGAUAAAAGUAUUGUUGGUUCAACCAAAGUAAAUGGUAAGAAAGUUGGCAGAAAUAAUUUUUUGUUGCAUGAUUCAGAUGAAAUUGAAAUUUGUGGUAGGAAAUUUGUUUGGGAAUAUCCUAAGAAACCACAUGGAGAAUUAAAUAAUUUAUCUUGCAAAAAGUCUUGGAUUAAAAAUGAUCAUUUAUCACCAAGAGUGCCAGAACGUUUUUCAAACCAAGUCAUCACACCAUUGGACAAUAACAAAAUAUUUUCAACUUUGUCUAAGAGCAGCAUGAAAACUCCCUCAAAAACAAUAAUAAGCCUAAAUAAAACACCAAUUGUUGUAACCACAGAAAAUAUGUCUAAAUCUUCAUUCGAUGAAGUGCAGAAUAGCCUACAGAACCAAAAUUCAAAUUCAACUGAUCAACCUGGAUCUAAAUGUAUUAAAUCAUAUUCAAUGACUCCUAUCCGAAAUAUACCGCUUCUCAGGGAUUCUAAAUCCACUCCAAGAAAAUCAUGGAUUGUUACAAAUACAUCAGACAAUUUAUCUUCAAUUGGAGCUCAUAACAGAUUAUCUACUCAGAGGUUAAAGAGAGAUUCUACACCCGAGUUAAAUUCUAGUUAUCAUUAUGAAGACGAAGAUGUAGAAUUUGAUUCCCCAGAUCCACCAAACCUUGUAUUGAAUAGUGAACAGUCUGUUGAUAUAAAUAUUAAUAAUGUCAUUGAUAACAAUUUACCAAUUGAUAACCAACCAGAAUUGAAUGAUAAAGAUAAUGAUAACUUACAAUCUAAUUCAGAUAACAUAAACAAAUUAACAGUUUCUGAACCUGAACCAGGCACAUCUAGAAGAGAUACAUACUCUAUUGAUAAUAGAUCUAUAGUGAUCGAAGAAAAUACUACACCUGCUCCAAGGCGUUCUAUUUUGAAGUGUUCAAAAACCACUAAACCUAAUCGAUCGAGAUCUAGCUGUCGAAUGGUUCAGUUUGCUCGUUUGCCAAAAACUGAUAGUAAGAUUAAAAAUACAAAGACUCGAUUAAAUCCAGGAUUUAAUUUUAUUGUUACAGAUGAUGAAAAUAAUUUGAUUGAUUCUAAUAAAAGUACUAAAAAUUCUAUGCAAUUUGAUGUUGAAGAAUAUGAUGAUGAUUUAGAUGGUGUGCGGCCAUUAGAUAUUAGUGUUUCAUCUCUAAUUAAUUCGCCAAUUUUAGACAAUAGUAUUAAUAAAUCGUCAAAACGAGGAUCGAGAGGAAAUAAAGUAAUGAGUCUUGUUAAUUCCAUUGAAAAGCGUACCAAUGAAUCUCCAAAACAUAGUAUUCGAGCAUCUGAUCUGCUAAGUAUGAAUGGAUCAAAACAUAUAGAGACAUCACCUAAUGAUGAUUCUCAAAAUAAUGCAAAUGUUUUACAAGAAUCAGUUUCUUCGUCAAGACGAAUUAAUUUAGAAGAUAUUUUUGAAGCUGAAGAUUCAUUAAAAGCUACUUGUAAUAUUGAAACUGAAAAAAGUGCAGUAAAAAGUGUUGAAAUAGUUUCAAGUCCUAAAACAAAUUUGUUAAAUAUUACAGAUACAGAAAAAAUACCAGUCACUUUUACUGAAGAUGAAUCUGUAAAUGAUAUAAAUCUUGAAUGUGAGUACACAUUUGCUCCACCAUUAAAUCUUCCUUCAGUGAACUCAAGUUCUAUUACAGUAAAUGAUAGUGAUUUUACUAGUGUUGAUACUGAAAAGGAUUCUAUUUCAACUGAAAAAAUUAAUCGGUCUGAUACAAGCUCAAAACUUGAUAUUUCUUGUAUUGCAAAAGACUGUCCAACAUCUAAAAAUGAAUUUCUUAAAAAGUCUGAUAAUGUUGAAAGUCUUGAUCAUGAAUUAAAUAAUACAUCACCACAUGAUAAAAAUAUAGAUGAAACUCAAAAAGACCACUCUAAUUAUUUGAAAAAUACUAUCGAUGAAGAAAUUUGUACCAAUGACAUUGAAACACCAAAUAAUAUUACUGAAUCAUCUAAAAUAAUUAACCUUAUAGAUAAAGAACAUUAUCAUAAACAGAAAGAUGAUUCUGAAAUUGUCAAUGAUGAUAUAUGUACCAACGAAAUCUCUUCAUCAAAGAAUGAUACUCAAGUUGCUAAGAAUAUUAAACCUAUAGAGGAUGAACUUAAAACAAAACAAAAUUCUAUUGUAGAACUUGUCAGUAAAUCUUCAAAUCUGAAUUUUGAUCAAACAAAUAAACAAAUUUCUGUUUCAAAAGCUGUUGAACAAACUCUAAAUCGUGAAACUCCAUCAAUAGUAGUUCAAAGUAUGUCUGAAAUGUUCAAUGCGAGUAUUGAUGAACACGAAACAACACAUUCACAACAUAAAGAAAGUCUUGUAGAAACAUAUAUAUUAGUGGGAAAAGAUAAUCUACAAAAUUCAUUAGAAAUAAAUGAACCAAAUAUUGACAAAUGCAAUAAGACAUUAAGUGGUAAAAGUGUUUCAUUAACUGAACCUGUAAACAAAAGCCUUAUUGACGCUAUUGAAGUACAGCUUGAUAAGAUGCACAAUGAAAAUAACAUAAACUCUAAUUGUAAUGAAAAUAAAACUAUUUCUAUAGAUUCAACAUUGGCUUUAAAUAAACAGAAAACAUUAACGUCAAAUUUGGUUCUUGAAGAAACAGAUACUGAAAAUCUUACUUUAAAAAUAAAUGAUCAUCUAUCAAACAAUUCUUUGAAUACAUUAACAAUUAAUGAAUCCACAGAAAUUAUAUCUAAUUCGGUAUCUUUACCAACAAAAUCCCCAGUAAAAAGUAAUGUAAGUAACAAUUGUCUAACAGAGUUUGAAAAUUCUAAUGUUUCUGAAUUGUCCAGCAAAACUGCAGUUGAUGAACCUAAUUCUGUGCAGAAUACAAAUGUAAGUAACAAAGAAUCAAAUAGCCUUCCAAAAACUAUAUCCUCAAACAAUCUUUCUCUAAAGGAUAUUUCUCCAAAGCCUACUAAAAAAAUUACAAUCAGUUUGGAUCAAUUAAAAUCUGCUCUUGGUGCUAAUAAUUCUAAAGAAUUAAGAAAAUCUGUCCGAUCACCAAUAAAAGAAUCUAUUAGACCUGAUCAUAGUACAAUUAAUUCAACUAAAAAGAUAAUUGCAGAACUUAUGGAUUCAUCUAGUGAUGAUAGUGAAAACGACCAAAACAAAAAUUUAGAUCAUUCAUUAGAUACUUCUAUUGGUAGACCUAGGUAUGAAUCUACCCCUGGAAUUUCGAAAAAUUCAAAAAACUUUUUUUAUAAAAUUACAAGUUUACAGCCUGAUGAAUCCACAACAGAAAUAGCAGAUGAUUCUGCUAAGAAUAAAGAUAGACUAAGUGGUGAUGAAAGAUCUACUCCGGUUAAUUCAUUUGAUGCUGAUCAACAAACAUGGUCACAAAUGAUGAAAGACUUUAAUGAAUCUGUUAAAAAAGCGUCUAUUAAUUUUAAUGCAAAUAUUAAUAAAACGGGUAAACAUAAAAAACAAUUAUUUGUUAAAAAAUCAAAAGACACAAAUAUUAAGAAAAAUAUAUCAGAAACUAAAAAAAAUAAUUCUGUGCAGUGUUCAGUGUCAUUAAUUAUGUCUAAUAAUACUUCAAAUAAGUUAACUCAAGUUAUAAGACCUAAAAAAAAUGAAUCUAUUCGAGUUCGAAGAUCUUUGUUGGGGAAUAAAAGAAGAUCCAAUAGAUCUGCCAAUUCCCAAGUUAGUUACACUGAUAAUUACGAUUCAGCAGAUACUAGCAAUACUGAUGAAAUAUUGCCUAGAAAAAAUAAUUCCAUUGAUAAAAAAACUGUUCAAACAAACUUAAACCGUCCAAAGAAAAAGAAAUCUGUAACUGCUAUUUCAAAAUCUGAUUCUAAAAGUCAUAAUUACUCUACAACUUCAAGCUCAUCAGAAGAAAAAGAUACACAUGCAUCUAGCCAAACUAAAAAAAUCAAAAAAAAUCAGAAUAAUAGUUCUAAAUCACCAUUACCUUCUACGAGUGUGAAUAAAAUUGAUUCAAAUAAUUUGAUGAAAAAACAUGUAAAAGUAAAAAUAUUGGUUACUAAAGAUUCAUUAUCAAGUAGUGAUAAUGAAACGACUUGUUCUUCGAAUUCUCCGAAUGAAGUACAAACAUUUGAAAGAGAAUUGCGUAGGAGAAAACUUAAUAAUUAUACUUCCUCUAGUAAAGCCAAAAAAAAUACCUCAUCUACUAAGAUAUAUAAUGAUACUAAUAAUACAUUAUCUGAAACAAGCAAAUUGAAGUUGGAUAAAAAAAAUAAAACGUCAUGUGUAGUUAAAUCAAAGUCUACCAAAAUUUCAAAAACUGUUAAAACAAAGAAAUCCUCAAAUGUAAGAACAACUAAAAAUUCUCGGUCGAAACGUAUCUUACCUUCUAAACCAAUUAAAACAAAUUCAAAAGAUUCUUCUGAAAAUGAAUCAUCAAAUGACACUGAAGAGAGUACCAAAAAAUUACAAUCAGUUGAUCCACCCAAAUCAAUCAAAGAAAAAACUCAGAAGAAAGAUGUUUAUAUUGAUACUAAUUUACUCUCAUUACCAACUAGACGUAAUCAAAGAGAAAAAAUUAAAAUGUCUGAUGUUUCAAUACAACCAAGAACACAAAGUCGCAAACGUGCAACCGAUAUGUCACCUUUAACUCAAAACAGUAAAGACAAUAAAAAAGAUAUUUUAUCCAAAGAAGUAGCGAGCCUAAUUUCUCAGGCUUUAAACUCUCCAAAGAAACCAAGUUAUAUUCUACCUAGACAAAAUUCAGCAGUUAAUCAAGUUCCUGAUAAGUCUUUACCUGAAACUACAAAGAAAUCUGCAAGUUUAAGAAUUUUAAGAACUAAUAAAAAUUUAGAGUCUGAAACAGAAGAAAGUACUCAAAAACCUCAAUCAAUUAGUUGUCCAUCUAAGUCUACCAAAGAAAAAUCUAAAAAAAAGGAUAUUACUGUUGAUAACAAUUUAUCUUCAUUGUCAACUAAACGUAAUCUAAGGGAAAAAAUUAAAACUUCAGAAGUUUCAUUGCAGCCACCAAAAACACAAAGCCGCAAACGUGCAGCUGAUACAUCACCUUUAUCUCAGCCCAGUGCUAAAGGCAAAAAAUGUGAUAUUUUAUCCAAAGUUGCAAACACAGUUUCUCGAGCUUCAAACUCUCCAAAUAUACGUACCCGAAAUAUGUCCAAAAUAUCUGUUAAACAAGCUUCUAAUAAUUCUUUUCCUGAAAGUACAGUAGUUAGUAAAAAAGAAAAGAAAAAAUCAAAUGAAAAAGUAAAACCAAAAACUAAUGAAAAUACUCGAGCUAAAAAGCGUCAAUUGAAUUCUGAUAAUUGCUCUUUUGACUCUGCUCCAUCUACAUGUAAAAAAUUAAGACAAGUAACUCUCAGAGGAGCAGACAGUGAAAAUAAAAAAUCUGAUUUAUCUACCCGCACAACUUCUAAACUUAAAAAUCAGAAUACAGAUACUUCUACUGAGCCUAAUGCAUCUCUCAAAGUGAAAUACAAUAAAAAUGUUGAAAAAUCAAUUUCACCCAUACAAAGAAAAACUAGAAAUACUGGAAAGUCAAUUUCGCCCAUUCAAAGAAAAACGAGAAAAGCAAAACAAGCCGCUCCAAAAGAUAAAGAGACAAUUAUUUCUCCUCGAGUACUAAGAGUCAGAGACAAGAAAAAGUGAAAAAAAAAAUAUCCAUGAAUAAUAAAUUUUAUUUAUUUGUAUCUUUUUUUUUUAUCGUUUAUAUUAAUUUUAAUUGUGUUACUAAUUGACGUUUUUCUUAAAUUUAGUUUUUUUUUUUAAUAUAUUCACUGUAAAGAAUACUAGAAUUAGAAAUUUAUAUGAAUGUUUUUUUUUUUUUUUUUAAUUACUAUUAAUAUAAUUAAGUGCUAAACUAUACAAGCAUUUAUAUUUUUUUUGUAAUUCAUGUAGCUUAACUAUUUUUAUCAAUUAUUGGUUUGGUUUAUUGUAUUUCUUUAAAUUUUGUAUUAUUUCGUUGAUUCAUAAAACAGUUGUUUAUGUAAUUAAUUAUAUAUUAAGUGUCAACGUUAUGUUUAAAUUUUCUUUUAUUGGGUAGUUUGGAAUUUGUUUUUCAAAAAAAUGUAAUUUGUACACAAAAUCAAAUACUGGUUAUGUUUACGAAUAGAACUUCUCGAUAAACCAAUUAUUCAAAUGUAUUUAUUAUUUAUGUUAAUAAAAAUAAGAACCAGUAGGACUGAACUUUGAAUUUCACUAGAAUUGCCUAAGUGACCUACAGUUAUAUUUAAUUUAAUUUUAAUAAAUAUAUUACUUCUAUUAUACA